CUCAGUCAGUCCAUGAACAGGCCCAACAAACACAAACCCUUCUCUCUUUCGAAUUUAUAUCUAAACCCUACACUUGCUUCAUUUCUUCUCGCGGCUAUCCAUUGCAGCCAGAAUCCUACGCCGCCUUCUGUCGUCUCGAUUUACAGGUAAGCAAUGGCAGUUCCCAAGCUUGAUAAGAAGAUUGUGAAGAAGCGUGUGAAGAAGUUCAAGAGGCCCCACAGUGACUGGAAGAUAUGCGUCAAGGAAAACUGGAGAAGACCAAAGGGUAUUGACUCCAGAGUCAGGCGAAAGUUCAAAGGUGUCACUCUUAUGCCCAACAUUGGAUACGGAUCAGACAAGAAGACUCGCCAUUUUCUCCCAAAUGGAUUCAAGAAGUUCGUUGUUCACAAUGCCAAAGAGUUGGAAGUCCUCAUGAUGCACAACAGGACCUAUUGUGCUGAAAUUGCACACAAUGUGUCUACACGCAAAAGGAAGGAGAUUGUUGAGCGUGCAGCACAGUUGGAUGUUGUUGUUACCAACAAAUUGGCAAGGUUGCGCAGCCAGGAAGACGAGUAAGCUUAAAAAUUCAAAUGUUAUUUUUCAUUUUGAUGUUCAAGACUUUGUUUUGUUUCAUUUUGUACGCCUGUAGUUUUGUUAUCAAGACUUUUAAAGAUUGGGUUUUUAGUGAAAGGAAUUUUGUGAACGAGA